CGACCCUCUUCGCUCUCCGCCAGCUCAGCGACAAGUCCGCACAACGUCCCGCCCACGCACCGUCCACGCCACGUGUCCUCUGCCCCUCGCUUGGCCACCCUCGACGCCCCCCAAAGGGCCCGCGAAAUAGACGCCCGCACACAAGGAGCCACACCGAUGUCUGACGUCCACGCCCACGACGACGAGGGCGACGACGACUCCCUCGACCAGCUCAAUCCAAACAUGGACGGCCCCCAGUCCUCCAUGACCAUAUAUCCCUCCAUGCCCAUGCACAUGUACCCCUUCGGCACCUCCCUCCUCUCCUCCGGCCUCCCCCAGAUGCGCGCCAAACGCCGCCAGGUCAAGAACGCCUGCACCAACUGCCAGAAGGCCUGCAAGAAGUGCGACGACGCCAGACCCUGCCUCCGAUGCGUCAAGUACGGCAUCGCAGAGGAGUGCGUCGAUUCCCAGAGGAAGGAGAGGAAGAAGGGAAUCAAGAGGGGUCCUUACAAGAAGCGCGAUGGAAAACACGCCGCCGGCGACCACGAACAGGUCGUCGAGGCUGAGCCCCCCCUCCCCGUUCCUCCGGGGCCCACAACCCACCCGCCGUCCAUGCCGCCCCCUUACUCCCACAUCGCCCCUGUCCCCUACACCACCUACUAUCCCCAGUACCCUCAGCAGUACAAACCGGGCCAGGUGGCACCACAGGCGCCACCUCAGUACUACCAGCAGUACUUUCUCGCCCCUAUACCCCACCACAUGGGCCACCCCCUCUCCCAGGCUCCGGCCUAUGCUCAGGUCCUCAACCACAACGGUACCCCUCCUGUCCCGACCAUGAUCGCGCACGGCCAGCCCCAGGACAUGUCUCACGUCCACCAUGCUCACGCCAACGGUAAUCCGAACGGGAACGGGAACGUCAAUGGGCAUGUCAACAACAACGCUGAGGGUAAUGUGGACCCGAACACUCCCUCCCCUCAUCCGCCCCAUGCUCUCUCCGGUCACGUCGUCUAUGCCGCCCCUCACCCCCAGCAUCCCGCUUACACCCACGCGCAAGCUCUCCCCCAGGCUCACGCGCACGGUCAGCCCCAGUACUACCCCGCCGUCUUUACGCCUUAUCCCCAGCACUACGGCCAGCCGUACUACACCCAUCCCGCUCACGCCCAGAUGCAGCCCCGCUCAGAGACCCACGCACACGGCCCUCCACAGGGAUAUACCCAGGUCCCGCAGUACGCCCCUCCCGCGCCUUAUGCGUACACUCACUCCCCGAUCUAUCCCUCGCAUGUCACCACCGCGAAACUGUCGCCCGUGCCCGUCCAGGUGCAGAAUGGGGCCAUGAACGGUGUCGUUGAGCGCGGACAGAUGCAGCACGGAGGACAUGGCCACGGUGCGGAGGAGGGUGAGACCGUUUGAGGGAGAAGCUCGGGGAUACGUGCAUCGCGAUGUAGGUAAGUGAAUAUACGAUCCGUCUGUCUAUCUAUUGGCUCUGCUUCUUUCGUUCGCUGUACAUCUCUUUCUUGAAUGCUGCUCCUGGCUGUACAUCACAACCCUAUCAUCUGCCUCUGCCUCUCGUGUCUCGUCUCUUGCGUUCGUGUUCGUGUUCUGUGUUCUGUGUUACGAUGUUUACGAAAGUGUCAUCUCUUGCGUUCGUGUACUCCUUGAUACAUACAUAUAUAUAUAUCUGACUUCUUGCGAGUGUCUGCUCCAUGCCUGCCUCGUCUGCCUCGUCUUUGCCUUCAACACCUUUUCUUGUUUCUUGUUUCUUGUUUCGAGUUCUUGUUAGCUUUGUGUUUGUGUCUGUAGUCUCGCUCUAUAUACGGAUUCUCCCCUUCGUUCGCAGUUGAACAUACGAAUUUUGAGUUUAAAUUUCGGUGGAUGUGCCGGGUUUUUUUGGUGGCAUCUACUUCCUUUGCUUGCUUGAUAUCGUCUGUGUCUGUGUCUGUGGCUCGUGCAUGGUGUUGUGUGGUGUCUGGUCGGUCGGUCGUCGUUCGGGGUGGUCAGUUGUUCGGGGUUAUUGGUAGUGGUUGUCUGUGUUGGCGCGGUGAAGUGGAUGUUUGACGUUGACAUUGGGUAGUUGACUAGUUGUUAUAACGCCUCGCGGUGAUGCAAUCUACGCGUUGGUCGUCGAGUACGCCGUUCAUUGGCGUACUCUGCUGCCUUCGAUGUUCUCCG